AUUCUUGCCUUUAUUCGCGCUUUUGUAUGUUCUGUGUUCUAAGUACUGUGCAUCGCUUUGUGGGCCGAGCUUGUUUAUAGGUACAUAUACGACUCUUUGCGCAAUCGUAUGAAAAACCACAGUACUCGCCAUUGAGCGUUAGCGAGCGGAGCGGUCUUUGCUUUGAUGUCACGUUCCAUCGUUGUUGGGGUCAUUUGCCGGCAAUAAAAAGAAAUCAGUCAGGAUGCAGAAAUUGCUCGCCUUGCUGCCUGGCCAACAAUCUUCAUCAUCGCCAUCACAUGCCCCCAGUCGUCAUUCAGUGGCUCUGGAGCCAGAGAUUGGCUUUCAAAUAACCAUCGAGACACAGAAACCUGCCGCCCAGUCGAGUGAUAAUGAACUGAGCUUUGGCUCCAGUCCAGCAAAGAGCGGCAAUCAGUUGCCUGAGCUGAAUGUGCAUUUGAUUGCAGCCCGCCACUUGCCUUCUCUGUUUGGCUUCAAAAUAGUACAGGGCUAUCUAAUAAAGGUUAAACUAUUUCCCGGUACAAAGCGCUUGGACAGCAGCAUACAGACUAACACUUGGCCCAAAUUUAAUGAGAACUUCAAGUUUCCACUAGUACCGGACAUUAAACCCUCCCUAAAGCACAAACACAGUUCGGCCUUUGCCAAGAUGCGGGCAUCGAGCAUUCAAGGAAAUAGCGAAUUCUCUACGCCCGAUGAACUUUUUGCGGGCCAGUUUGUUGUUUUUACAGUCUACGCUCUGCUGGAGCUUCCCGCUGCUAGUUUCAAUCGCUUUAAUAAGACAUAUCGCUCGCUCAAAGACAAGAGCACAAAUUUUGUGCAACGCAUUGUUGAGAGCUCCUCUGGAAAUAUAGAUGAGACCAAACAGGAAAAUGGUUCAGCGGGUACUGCACAGAAAACCAAAGGUAAAAAGAAAACGGAGAGUCCAAGGGAUUCUAUGCCACCGUUGACGAUCAGCGAGGCCAGAAGAAAUAUAGGUUCUGUUACCUGUUAUCUAGAGCCAAAACUUUUCAAGCGUAACACGCGCAAUGGUUGUUACUCCACCGAAGAGCUCUGGCUGCCCAUUAAAGAUAUCACGACGACCGUUUCCAAGGCAGCACCCAGCAGCAACAACAAUCUAACAAACGCUCCCAAAGGUAUUGUCGAGAUUGCCCUGGAGGUGCGAGAUCUUAGCGAGCGACCUCCAGUAGAUGUCAUUAAUGGCGAAAGUUCGUCCGGAGGAGCGGUAGCAGAUGCUGCCGUUUCAGUUUUGGCCUCAUCGACUACGUCUACAGCUAGCUCCAAUAUUACGCCUGCCUCCAAGAACUGGCAACGUCUCUCUGCCGAGGUAAAGCGCAAAAUUGGCAUAAGUAAUGCCCCCAGUUCGAGUAGCAGUGGCCAUAACCUUGUCCUGCGUAUUACGACGGCGCGCAUGCGUUGUUCGCACAAAGUGAAGGACGAACUGGAAGCCACAGCCGGCAGUGUCUAUGUGAAGACGACUGUUUUCGAGCACGGCAUCUACAUCGAUGCAUGGAAAUCCCCCACUUUCUAUCCCUCACUCUCGACCAAAUGGGAUGGUGUGGUAGGAAGUGAGGCCACCUUGCAAAUACCACUCCAAAGUCUCGAGCAACUCGAUAAUAUUGUGGUGCGCACAACGCUGGCGACUAAGCUGAAAAUGAACAAGAAACUGGUGCUGGGCACCGUCUAUGUGGGUGCCAGUGGACAGGCCUCCAGCACUGGUCUCGAGCAACUGCGUCUUCUACAGGAGGCGCCUUUCAAUGAACGCGUGGCUGCCUGGCAUUGCUUUCAAUAGCUACAAACACACACUCACACGCAGGCAGCUGGAUAGCAAGAUUGCUCGAGCAAUAAACAAAAGUAUUCGAAAGCCAUUCAAGCAUAGCAUAGCUCAAGUUUUAUUUUCCUAGUUAAUAAUGCAUAUUCACUGUUCCAUCGCGGAACUUUUCCUAUAUGCCUAUACUGCAUACGUAUGAGCCUGGGUUGUAACGAAAGUUUUAAAACUGUGCCACUGAAAAGUUGUCUUAGACAGUGUUUGUCUAUCUAUGGAUUUUUGUAUACCGUUUAUUCAUUUUAUUGAGUAACAAAUAAUAAUAAUAGUUUUGUGAAAUGCCAAUGGAAUUGACAAAUAAUGCCAAAAUAAGACCUUUUAUAAUUGCUAUUAAAUUUUCGUGAGUACCUAAUAAGUAACAUUAUUAUUUAUCAAGAAAUUGCUUUUCGCAUAUUAUUUCAUGUUCGUUAUUAACAAAGUCAGUGACAUAAUCCAUAACUUCUACUUUGAUGUAUUUUAUUUAUUUUUUAGGUGAACUUUUGUUUUAUAAUGUUGAAUAAAUAAACUUUGCAUUGCA